AGAAGAUGAUGAUUUUGACGUACUAAACUGGUGGAAGGGAAAAGAAAGAAUGGUCCCAGUUUUAGCAAAGAUGACUAAGCAAGUGCUAUCAAUGCCGGUUUCAACGGUUGCCGUGGAACAAGAAUUUAGUUCGGCCGGCAAUGUCCUAACGCAAACCAGAACGAGGUUGAGCGCAGAAUCUCUUGAGAUGCUUAUAUGCUACCACGAUUGGUUGAAAGCAGCCCGUAGAGCUCAAGAAAUUGACAUCACCCCAUCCCAACACUUUAUGGGUGAAUCUACAACCGAGGAUACUAAGAGUAAGGCCAAGACCUAGGAAGAUGACGAGGGAGUGGAACGCGUGCCAAGAUGAGUUAACGGGAACGACCUUGGCG